AUCGUCAAUUCGUGAAAAGCAAGGAAAUCAGUCGGCAGUCUACUUCUAAGGGAGCAAUACAGAACCCAUUUACAUAUAAAACUUGUUGCCGUGCCAUCCAAUCCUGUAAACUCUCUCUUUGCUCUCUUUCUUUCUUAUUCCAUCAAGAUCUCUACCUUUCCUUAGCUUGCAUAUACAUUUUCACUAUUUUCACAAGAAUCACAUAUCAUUGGAUCUUUUGUGUUCCACUUGUUUCUUGAUCUGGGUUUCCCAGAUCUGACGUUAAUCGCUACAGAACUCCUUAAAGAUGGAGUCUUUUGCUUGUUUUAAGAUCUGGGUCUUGACCAUUUUCUUGAUUUUCCAAUCUGGAUAUGGGUUUUACCUUCCUGGUAGUUACCCCCACAAAUAUAAUGUAGGUGAAACUUUAUCGGUGAAAGUGAAUUCUAUCACUUCUAUUGACACUGAGAUGCCGUUUAGUUAUUACAGUUUGCCCUUUUGCAAGCCCGCUGAGGGUGUCAAGGAUAGUGCUGAAAAUCUUGGUGAAUUACUUAUGGGAGAUAGGAUUGAGAAUUCACCGUAUAGGUUUAGGAUGCAUGUGAAUGAAAGUGAGGUCUUUUUGUGUAAAACUGAUCCUUUAUCUGCUGAUAGUUUUAAGCUUUUGAAGAAGAGGAUCGAUGAGAUGUAUCAGGUUAAUUUGAUUCUUGAUAAUUUGCCCGCAAUAAGGUAUACAAAGAAGGAGUCAUACUUGUUGAGGUGGACUGGUUUUCCUGUUGGCAUUAAGGUUCAGGAUGCAUAUUAUGUGUUUAACCAUUUAAGGUUUACAGUUCUUGUUCAUAAAUAUGAGGAGGCUAAUGUGGCGCGUGUGAUGGGAACUGGAGAUGGUGCUGAGGUGAUUCCUACAAUUGGGAAUGGGGGAUCAGAUAUUCCUGGUUACAUGGUUGUGGGGUUUGAAGUGGUUCCUUGUAACGUCAUGCAUAAUGUUCAGUCAGUUAAGAACACGAAAAUGUAUGAGAAAUAUCCUGCUCAAAUUAAGUGCGAUCCCACCACUGUGUCUAUGCCAAUUAAGGAGAACGAGCCAAUUGUUUUUACCUAUGAGGUUAAUUUUGAAGAGAGUGAUAUCAAGUGGCCAUCGAGAUGGGAUGCCUAUUUGAAGAUGGAGGGAUCAAAGGUCCAUUGGUUCUCAAUCAUGAAUUCUCUGAUGGUUAUCACUUUUCUUGCUGGUAUUGUUCUUGUCAUCUUCUUGAGGACUGUUAGGCGGGAUCUGACUCGUUAUGAGGAGCUUGACAAAGAGGCUCAGGCACAGAUGAAUGAGGAGUUAUCUGGGUGGAAACUUGUCGUUGGAGAUGUUUUCCGCGCCCCAGCAAAUCCCUCUCUUUUGUGUGUCAUGGUUGGAGAUGGAGUUCAGAUUCUUGGGAUGGCAAUUGUGACAAUAAUGUUUGCUGCACUUGGAUUCAUGUCACCAGCUUCCCGUGGCACUCUUAUUACAGGUAUGCUUAUUUUCUACAUGAUUCUGGGUAUUGCAGCCGGCUAUGUUGCAGUUCGCCUUUGGAGGACUAUCGGAUGUGGUGAUCACAAAGGAUGGGUUUCAGUAUCCUGGAAAGCUGCUUGCUUCUUUCCUGGUAUUGCCUUUUUGAUUCUAACCAUUUUGAAUUUCCUGCUCUGGGGUAGUCAAAGCACAGGUGCCAUUCCAUUCUCUUUGUUUGUCAUCCUGAUUUUACUCUGGUUCUGCAUAUCUGUUCCCCUUACCCUAAUCGGGGGAUAUUUUGGUGCAAAGGCACCUCAUAUUGAAUACCCUGUUCGAACCAACCAGAUUCCAAGGGAAAUUCCAGCCCAAAAGUACCCAUCUUGGCUUCUUGUUCUUGGUGCUGGUACUCUUCCCUUCGGUACACUUUUCAUUGAGCUCUUCUUUAUCAUGUCUAGUAUCUGGAUGGGCCGUGUUUACUAUGUUUUUGGGUUUCUCUUGAUUGUUUUUAUCCUUCUCGUGGUGGUUUGUGCCGAAGUCUCUCUGGUUUUAACUUACAUGCAUCUAUGUGUGGAGGACUGGAAAUGGUGGUGGAAGUCCUUCUUUGCUUCUGGUUCAGUGGCCAUUUACAUUUUCUUGUACUCCAUCAACUAUCUCGUAUUUGACCUCAAGAGUCUAAGUGGACCUGUCUCUGCAACACUCUACCUGGGCUAUUCCCUUCUGAUGGUUCUAGCAAUUAUGUUUGCAACGGGAACAGUUGGGUUCCUUUCAUCAUUCUGGUUUGUGCACUACUUGUUCUCAUCAGUGAAGCUGGACUGAAGCAAUUUCUUCUAAAUAGAAUCUGGCAAUUUGGAAAAGCAGCCAGCAUUGUCACCAAGGAGCCAAAAUGAAUUCAAACACUUUACAAUAGUCUACCAUGUUUUACUUUUUUAUUUUUUUUUUGAGUUUACUUUUCUAGGGAGCUUACUGCAAUGUAAUAAGAAUAAUCUCAACCAGAUUUUGCAUUAUUCUUUUAUUAGAUGAAGAGAAGUUGGUUUGCUAGUA